CACCACCGAACUCUCGCAAUCCUCACACCCAUAAAUUUUGCAGAUAUCACCAUGGGCAAGGGACAACGCGCACGCAAGGCCGCGGCCGACGCUAUGCUGGUGGCCGCGAUGUCGCAGAGCAAGCCGUCCGUGCUGGAACAGCAGAACCAGGCGCCGUCGUCCCUGCAGUUCGUAGCGCCCAGAGGCUCGGGUCUCAACGUGGCCGUGCCACCCGUACACAAGAAGCCGUCGCCGCCUCCGUCUGAGACUUCAGCAUCUUCGGCAGACGACAGCGACGAGUUCCGCCAGCUCGCGUCCGAGGAGCAGCGUGAGGCUCUCAAGGCGCUCGAGGACGUCGAGGCUGUAAAGACGCAGCUUAACGACAUCCUGUCGCGUCUGGUCGCCGCGUUCUCCUCCAAGGGCGAGCGCCACGCCGCUGCCGUUGACAUUGUGGUGGCCCUGGAGGUCGUGGGAGUUGCCAGUCCCGCCGGCAUCCACGUUCUGGACGAGCUGAAGAAAUUCCUUGUGGCUAAACCCACUUCAGCACGCGAGGGUGCUCUGCUGUCGUUUGUCGCUCUGUGCAAGAGCGAGGAAUUGUCAACCGUAAUGGAGCCUGUGGUGGUGGAGCAACUGACUGUUAUCAUGCAGCGCCACGCUGACUCUGAACACGUCGUUAAGAACGUCGCUGCUACGCUGGCCAAUACACUCGCGCAGAAGGUGAAUCCACUGGCCAUUCACACAGUUCUCAAGCAGAUUUACAAGGCUUUAGAGCUGCGUUACUGGCAGAGCAAGGUCGCAGCUCUGAACCUGCUGAAGGAGCUGAGUGAGACUGCUAGUGAGGAGGUUUCUGGCUGGCUGCCGGAGAUCAUGCCCAUCGUUACCGAGUACGUGUGGGACACGAAGAAACAGGUUCAGGCCGCCUCCAUCGACGCUCUGAUCGCUGUGUGCUCCAAGAUCAGCAACGACGAUGUCGUGCCGCUUGUCCCCACCCUUGUGGGCGUCAUUGCUCGUCCGGAAGAGACCAUGAAGGCUAUCGACAGUCUUCUCGCGACCACUUUCGUUGCUAAUGUGGAUGCCCCCACGCUCUCUCUGAUCGCCCCACUGCUGCACAAGGCUCUGCGUGACACAAGUAUCAACAGCUCCUCGCUCAAGCGUAAAGCCUCGAAGAUUAUCGACAGCAUGUGUCGUCUCGUGGUGCGUCCGUCAGACGUGAUGCAGUUCGUGCCCUUGCUGCUGCCUCAGCUUGAUACAGCAAUCGACCGUUUGAUCGACGAGGAGGUCGUGGAAGCCGCCAAGGAAGCUCGCUCUCAUCUUGUCCACGCUGCCGGCGAUGGUGAGGCAAUGGAGGAAGAUCUCAUUGAGAUCCGUAAGAAGCUGGAGGCUGACAUUCUCACUGCGUUCACGGAGACACUCGACCGUUCGACGCACCCUGGUCUUAACGACUUUUCGCUGCAAUACGUCACUGACGUGUGCACAGAACUCGCCACUCAAAAUCGCGGGUCGGAGUGGCGCUCCGUGGUGAUGCCCUACUUGCAGCCACACAUGCACGACUCGGAUGCUGAGCAUGUUUGCGACGCGCUGCGUGCUGCUGGCGGCGGUCUGGGCGAGGAGCGCGAGAAGUCGACGGACCCGAACGACGUGUGUGAUCUGGACUUCUCGCUGGCUUACGGUGGUAAGAUUCUGCUGCGUAACGCGCGUCUGCGUCUGACUCGCGGUCAUCGCUACGGUCUCAUCGGUAAGAAUGGCGUGGGUAAGACGACACUGAUGCGCAACCUGGCUUCGGGUGCCAUUGAAGGUCUGCCGGAGACUCUGCGCUCGGUGUACGUGCAACACGAGGACAUUGUGGAGAGCCAAGGAAGCCUGCUUGAAUCUAUGUGCAAGGCCCCAGAGCUGGCCCACCAGACUCGUGAGGCUGUCGAGAAGACUCUGACGGACAUUGGAUUCACGCAGAAGAUGCUGGACGGCGACAUUGAUGCGCUUUCCGGUGGUUGGCGCAUGAAACUCGCACUGGCCCGCGCGAUGCUGUACAACGCCGAUGUUCUGCUGCUGGAUGAGCCCACGAAUCACCUGGACGUACACGCUGUGCAGUGGCUGGUGGACUACCUCAACUCUCUGGAGACGAUGACGGUGUUGCUGGUUUCCCACGACACUGGCUUCCUGGACAACGUGUGCACGGACAUCUUCCACUACGAGUCGAAGAAGCUGGUGCUGUACCCGAUGACGCUGUCCAAGUUCGUGGACAUCCACCCAGAAGCCAAGCACUACUACGAACUCAAGUCGUCGGACAUGAUCUUUAACCUGCCGGAGCCUGGUCGUCUGGAGGGAAUCAACUCGAUGACGCGUCGUAUCUUGACUCUGGAGAACGCUACGUACACGUACCCUGGAGCCUCCAUUCCCCAGUUGAACGAUGUGUCUGUGAAGCUCUGUCUGGCCUCGCGUGUCGCCGUGAUCGGUGUCAAUGGAGCUGGUAAAUCGACGUUGAUCAAGAUGAUUGUGCAGGAGACGUCGCCCGACACUGGCACCUUCUGGAAGCACCACGCAGUGCGUGUGGCGUACGUGGCGCAGCACUCGUUCCAUCACGUCGAGAAACAUCUCGAGAGCAGUCCAGUCGAGUACUUCCAGUGGCGUUUCGGUGGCGAGAAUGGCAUCGACCGCGAGCUUGGCGACCACGUCAAUCUGAAGCAGACAGAGGAGGAAAAGAACCUCGUGGGGAAGAAACAAGGCCAAGUGGAGAAGAUCGUGUCGCGUACCAAGGGCAAGCGUGGCACGCUCGAGUACGAGUGUAAGCUUGUGGGCAUGACUGAGCGUCACAACAAGCGCUACACUCUGGAACAGCUGCAGGAAAUGGGUCUGGGUGCUCUUGCUGAGGCCGAGGACAUCCGCCAAGCCUCGCUGGCCGGUGGACUGGACCUGCGUCCGCUUACGACCAAGGAGAUCCAGCGUCACCUGGACGACUUCGCGCUGCCGGCCGAGUUCGGUACCCACGGCAAGAUCCGUGGACUGUCGGGAGGUCAGAAGGUGAAGCUCGUUAUCGCUGCUGCCAUGUGGAACCGCCCGCACUUGCUGGUGCUCGACGAGCCGACGAAUUACUUGGAUCGCGCUGCGCUGGGUGCCCUGGCCGACGGAAUUCGUCAAUAUGCUGGCGGUGUGAUCAUGAUUUCCCACAGUGAAGAGUUCUACAACUCGCUGUGCACGGAGAAGUGGCUGGUGGAGUCUGGUCGCUUGACUAUCAUUGGUGAAGCGCAGGAGAAGGAGUACCGUGCUGGUGGUGGCCGUAAGGUGGUCGAGGAAGAGCCCGAGGAGGAAAAGAAGGUGGGAAGCAACAUCAACGGGUCCAUGAAGCGCACGAAGCUGACGAACCCCAAGACGCUCCGUCCGCUCAGCAAACAGCAGAUCCGUAAGCUCAGCAAACUGAGUAAGGCUGCGGGCGUGUCGUUUGACGACUAUGUAGACGGCCUCACGCGUGAGAGCCCUGACUGGAAGUGGCUGUAAGUGAUAG